AUGAAUACUGAACCACUGGAACUAGUAGACGAUGUGUUAGAGGACUUGCAACAUAACUUAAAGGAUGGCGAUGUUGAGGUCUACGAGUUCCUAGAUCUAGAAAGCCAAAGUGACUGCGAUGAGGGCUUAAAGCAGGUAGAUAAGGAGGAAGAUGUUGUUACGGAUGAAGUGGAAUACCAGCAUUCCAAACAAGUAUUUGGGACGCACAUAAAACAAGACGAGAAAACGAGUUAUCGUGGACACGAUGGGAACAAAAGCGUGGGUGUCAGAUUGGCUCGAAUCAGAAGAGAAUUGGAGGAAUUCAAGGUGCAGGAAGCAAAUUUGGCGGACGGGAAACAGUGCGAUUCGGAAGUGCUGAUUCUCAGAAACGUAGCAGAUCAAUUGGAUCAAAAACUUCAGCUCCAGACGGAGGCUCUUAAAAAACGAUUGCAAAAAGCGAAUUAUACUGAAGCAGCAGACGGAAACUAUGCAUCUCUGCCGAAUCUUUCAAUUGACUUCGAAAAUGGUCAACGUGUGAUGCAUCUGGAGGCUCGAAUGGACAGAUUGGAGCAAUUCAUAGGUAUGGGUAAUGAGCGCGGCGGGAAAUCGCUGACAACCAUGUUGAACGAGGUCUAUCGGGACAUUGGACUACUCAAACAGAAUCCAAGCCAUUUGACUGCCUUUAAAACCAAACUUUCUUCCAUCAGCGACGAGUACGAGCAGAAACUCGUCGCCAGAAAAGCCUCUGGCGAUCCAGCAUUGCAAAAGCACAUCCUGGAGACAUUGGAACCCCCAGAUCUCAAAACCAAGGGCAUUUACGACUCCUACGCUGUUUUGAGGAAAUACAAGGACGCUUUGCCGCACUUGGUCUCACGAAUGAAAACCUUGAACUCGCUCCAUAUUGAAAUCGGAGACGCCGUGGGGACCGUCAAAACAAUUGACAAAUCGCUCAACUGGGUGUCAGACCAGACCAGCAAAUGGCAACAAAUGCUGGAGCACAUGGACGCUAAGCUCAACGCCUUUGAAUCUGCUGAGGCCAAAAAUAUGCAAGAAAUUACAAAACGUCUGAACCAAGCUGAAAAAAGAAUUGAUGACUUGAAGUGA